AUGGAGGAGGAAGAAGUUUGGCACUGGUUCUCGCAACAAGUGACAAGUGAAUCCCUGAAGUCGUUCAUGGGAAUGAGGAAGCCCGAGGAAGCAGAUGAAUGGACGAGUUUUGUGAAGCUGCGCAUAUCUCGCCAAGCCAUUCAGAGGGGAAAAGAUUAUCCAGAAACCGGUCAAGAAGAUCCUGGGGAUAUUGAGAAGUGCCUCCUCUCCCUCCAUGCACAUCAGGGUCGUUGGAAGGCGAAGAAGAAAAUACCCACCUCGUUUUGCGCUGGAGACAUCAUGCAUGCAGCAGAGGUUCGAGAGUCUCUCAGAAGGCAUGACUUAAAAACUGAUGUGGCUAUUUUGCAGGGGGAAGAUCGUGAAGGAAAAGAAGAACUUCCUCUUCUCUUGAAGCUGGUCACCCUUGUAGAUUUCAAGUUGGAGUCAGAGAAAGGUGGUGAUGAUUCGCAACGGUCUGCGGAACGUCUUCCGGGCUUUGAAUCGGAAACGCAAAUCGAGGCAAUGAAUGUGGGAGAGGAGACAGUGGAAAACUUCGACCUUGAAAUGUCACCAGAUAUUCCAGAAGACUCCCAUUGA